AUGGAUCAGGCAUUAUCAUAUAACGAUGAUGAACACAUCGAGAGCCGAUUGAUGAAAUCGCAAUGCUUAGAGUUGGCAUAUCAAGAAGCACUGCAAAAUACCGAAUUAGUUGUGAAAGAUGAAGCAAGCCGGCGACUGAGACUACAGAUACUCCUGUUGGAAAAUGAGAAUGAUGAGAUGCACCUUCAACUUAGUACUGGAGAGGAUCGAAGUGAUGGAUUAGAAGAAGAGAAUGAGGAUUUGCGAGCACGACUGGACCAGGCUCAAGAGUUGGCGGAAAGGAUGGAAAGCGAAUCAAGAGUCCAGACGCGAGAACUCAAUAAUAUCAAGGCAGAGUUAAAAUCUAUGAGUGGAGUUACAUUGGACUCGACAAAGGUUCUUAUGGAAAAACUGGCACUUAGCCGCGAGGUCUCUGUACUGAAGCCAGAAUUGGAGCAUUUACGUUCACAGGUGGCACAUCAACAAUCAAUUCUAGCGGAAAAGUUAGCACUUCAGCGACAAGUUAGCACUCUAGAGGUAGAAUUAGAGACAGAGCGUCGUGCAUUGAACCGGGCUACUGAGAAAAACAACGACCAUUCGAAUGAGAUUGAGCUUCAACAGAAAAUUGAGGGUUUGCAGAAAGAUCUUUCCGAGGAGAAGCGGGAAAGGGAGAAGGCUAGGAAAGAUAUGAUGACAGAAGCAUCUAAUACCCUGAAGGAAUUCGCGCAAGAAAAACGCGAAAUUGAGAAAAACCGCAAAGUGACAGAGAAGGAGACAGAGACUCUCCGAAAACAGUUGGCAAUUUCAAAGCGCGAUAAUGAGAACGAGCGACAGGCUUGGGAGAAGGAGAUAGAGGCUCUUCAGAAUGAACUAGCGCUCUCAAAGAGUAAUAACGAGAAAGGUCAACAGUCCGGAGAAAAUGAAAUCGAGGUUCUUCGAAAAGAAUUUGCGCAAACAAAGCGAGAAAUCGAAAAAGCACAUAAGCAUACACAAAAAGAGUUGACCGCUACUCAAGCCCAGGUUGAAACUCUGGAAAGCGAGAUUGAGCAGCUUCGCGACAGUGAGGAAGGACAGGAAGAUGGAGAGAAGGAGGUUCAGGUUCUCCGGACAGAAUUCGCGCAUACGAAACGAGAGAUUGAAAAGGCUCAUAAGGAGACACAAAAAGAGUUGGCUGCUUCUCGGGUUUCGCUCGGAUCCCUAGAAAGCAAGGUUGAGCUGCUUCGGACAAAACUGCGGGCCACAAAAGAUCAAUUGAAAGAAUCUCAGGCUGAGCUAAAUGAAGCGCGCACUGCAGCAUUGAAGCUCCCUAUCAUCACGAGUCGAGAGACCGUCCCGGUAAAGGAUCCACGCAAGAGGUCAGCCAGGGAGAUGAGCAUGGAUAUCACCAUUGGAACGCCGGACGGUGUUGCGGGACGUGGAAAGCGAGCCGGGAUAAAUAGGGGUACAAUUGACCAAACAAUGUUAGGAGAGAAGUCAACGUUUUCCAUCACACCCUACCUAAAUAAGACGAUAAAUAUGGCCCCAGAUACACCAAAAAGUGGACAAUCACCCGAGUCAAACGCUGGCAGAGCAGCAGAAAGAGAGAGACCUACCGAGGAAAAUCAGGUUCCCGAAGAACAGGAGGAGAGUCCUGAAUCACCUAUACAGCAAGUCAAAUCCAAGCUCAAGGCAAGAAAGAAGCUGGUCGAUAAGCCCAGUGAUGAGAAGAAAGUGUUGGUCGAAGCAAAGGCUGGUACCAAGAAUAAGAAAUCUGCAGCCCUGAAGAUCAAGGAACAACGUACAAUGGAGAAAGUUACAGAGGAAGAGGAAAGAGACGAAAACGAGCAGCCUAAGAAACCUGCAGCUCGGAAAUCAAAGGCAAAGGCUUUGGAGGAGCCGGAGCAAAAGAAGAAGAAACGUAAAGUUCUUGCAGGUAGUGGCAAGACACUAUUUGAUGACGAAGAUGGUGACGCUCCGAAGAAGCCAGCAAAAAUUGCACUUGGUCCAGCGAGGUUGUUGGGUAAAGGCGGCCUCGCAGGACCAAGGGGAGGGUUGAAAGGCGGUCUCGCAACUGGUGGUGGAUUUGGAGCAUUCUCGCCCUUAAAGAAGGACCGAAGAGGUGCUGGAGCGAGUUUCUUAGCAUAA